AUGGAAGCCAAUGAACUUCUAGUUGAAGCAGUCAGCAUUGCUCUUAAUUUCUAUAGCGGUCCUGAUGAUGUAGCAUCUCUUGUGAAUGUGUUCCCAAGGGUCUUCAAGAGAAGAUUUCUUCAAGUCUCAUCACUUCGGGAUGAAGAGAGCAUCUUUUGCCGUGAUGAAGAAAGGUCUUCAUUAUUGCAGUUUAAGGAGAGUUUUAUUACUGACUACUCUGCUUCUGUUGAUCCUCAGGCAUAUUCAAAGGUUGCCUUCUGGACCAACAAAGAAGAGUCAAGAAAUUGCUGUAUGUGGCAUGGUGUCGAGUGCGAUGAGAUCACAGGUCAUGUCAUCAGCCUUAAUCUCAGUAGCAGCUAUCUCUAUGGCUCUCUUGACUCUAAUAGUAGCCUUUUCAACUUGCCUAGUAGAUUCUUUCUUCUCUGGCCAAAUCCCUCAGAAGUUUCAGAACUAUCCAAAUUGUUAAAUCUUUCUUUGUGCGAUAACACUGAUCCAUUCGGAAAAAGUCUUUUGGAACUAAAGAAGCCCAUCUUCGAGAGCUUGACUUCAAACUUGACAAGCCUUGAGAAACUUUGUCUCAGCCAUGUUUACAUAUCAUCUACAGUUCCUAAAUCAUUGGCAAAUUUAUCUUCUUUGACGUCCCUAUUCCUGAGGGAUUGCCAUUUAAAAGGUGAAUUCCCCGUUGAUAUUUUUCAGCUACCGAAUUUACAACUUCUUACUGUACGGUUUAACGAAGAUCUCAGUGGAAGAUUACCUCUAGUACUUAACCAGAGGAGUUCUCUCAAAUCUCUGCUAUUGAGCGGAACUCGCUUUUGUGGGGAUCUACCAUCACUAGCUGAGAAACUUGCGUCUUUGACUAGGUUUGAGGCUAGCGGCUGCAACUUUUCAAGAGCGAUUCUAUCUUCAAUAAGGGAACUCUCAUCUGCAAUAUGCAAUCUAAGUUCUCUGAAAGUCCUUGUCCUUUCCAAUAAUAAGUUGGGUGGUGAGCUUCCACAUUGCUUCGGUAAGUUUAGUAAGUUAGUAUCGAUAGUGGACCUUAGGAAUAACUCUUUUUCUGGCAACAUUCCUGAAUUUACAAAGGGAAACCAACUAAGAAUCAUUCAUUUAGGUUACAAUCAAUUUGAAGGAAAACUAUCGAAAUCACUUACUCAUUGUAAGAAGCUUCGUUACCUCAAUGUGGAAAGCAAUAAAUUGAAUGAUAUUUUCCCCUAUUGGCUGGGGACUCUCCCAGAGUUAAUAAUUCUUCAGCUGCAGAAAAAUGAAUUCCGUGGAGUUAUAGAAGAGCCCAGAACAAACCUUCAUUUGCCAAAGUUGCGUAUUGUAGAUAUAUCUUACAACAACUUUGUUGGAAAACUGCCGUUGAAAUACAUUCAGAGUUGGAAGACCAUGAGAAGUACAAGCCUUGUCGACUACUCUUCUUAUAUGAUGACAAUCCCUUUGCUAAUCAGAACAAAUAAUGGUUGGUCAACUUACGAAUAUUAUUUCGACAUUACAAUAGCAAUCAAAGGCGUACGUUUACACUAUGAAAAGAUCCAAAAUAUUAUUGCAGUGUUAAAUCUCUCCAACAAUAAAUUUGAUGGAGAAAUUCAUAAAAUCAUUGGAAACUUGGUAGGGCUUUAUGCUCUUGAUUUAUCCAACAACCUUCUCAAAGGGGGCAUUCCAACAUCACUGGCUAAUCUAACAAAGCUCGAAUCCUUAGAUCUUUCUCAAAAUUCUCUUUCAGGAGAGAUCCCAAGUGACUUGGACCAUCUCUCUUUCCUUCAAUACUUCAAUGUUUCGUACAACAAUCUCUCAGGGCCUAUACCAGACACCCAUCUCACCACAUUUGAUAGUAGCUUUUACGAGGGGAACUUGGGAUUAUGUGGCAUUCCGCUGCCAAACUUAUGUGGAGACUCUAAGCCAGCAUUGGAACAACCACUUCCUUCUUAUGAAGAAGAGAGAAAUUCUCCUUUUCAAUUUGGUUGGAAAGUUGUGGCAGUAGGAUAUGGAUGUGGAUUCUUAAUUGGGUGGUUCGUUGGAAAAAUUGUCAUUGCGCAAAAGCCCAACUGGUUAGUGGAGACCUUUAGCAUAAGGGGCUGA